AGUGUUAAAACUUGGAGCCAUGGCGGACGCGAAGGCGACUGCUUCGGUCGCCUCCCAGUUUCUCGCUGCUUUCGUCGCGAAUCUCAUUUCAUUGGCCUCUGGGUACGUAGUCGGUUGGAACGCUGUGUCUCUUCCGGUGCUGGAAAGCAAUGGGACAGCAGGCAUGGAACAGCCACUGGACAGACCCCUCAGUAAAGGCGAGACCUCAUGGAUGAUAACCCUCGUGAUCCUCAUCUCGGCAACUGGACCUUCACUGUGCAGUCUCCUCAGCCACCGCUGGGGCUUCAAACCAGCUGGAUACGUGGCAGGAUCUUUGGUGGUCCUGGGAGGAGUCAUCGUGGUGCUGGCGCAUUCCUUCCCUCUACUGAUGUUGGGUCGGGUGGUCACUUGCCUCGGCACGGGCUGCACGGCCGUCGUGUCCACCACAUACAUCAACGGGGCAGCCGAGGAUCACGUGCGGGGGGCGCUGGGCACCUUCUUCGCUCUCAUGUUCAACGCUGGUAUCCUCGUAGCAUAUCUCGUUGGCGCCACCUCUUCGUACCGCAUAGUCUGUACUGGCUGCUUCGUCAUCCCUCUACUGUACCUGAUCUGCUUCUUCUUCCUACCCGAAUCGCCCCAGUAUCUUCUGUCUAGAGGCAGAGAGGACAAAGCCGAGAAGUCACUUCGCUGGUUCCGCAGUGCUGGUCACGACGUCGCCCAAGAGCUGGAACGCCUUCGGGCUGAUACGGAUGCUCGAAGUCAAGAUGACGGGCGCACUCGGAUGUCUCUCGCUGAGUUCCUGAGAGACCGCGCCUGUCGCCUGGGCACCGUCACAGCGAUCGUGCUCAACCUCAACCAGUCGCUGAACGGCAGCCCAGUAGUCCUCAGCUACGUGGUCCAGAUGUUCUCGGAGGCGGAGAACGGCGUUUCGGCUGCAUGGUCAGCAGUGGUCGUAGCGGCGCUCCAACUGUUGGCCACUUUCCUGUCAUCGGCGCUGGUUGACCGCGCUGGUCGCAGACCGCUGCUGCUGGCUACCAAUGCUGGCAUGGCCCUCUGCCUCGCUGGCCUCGGCGGGUACUUCUUCGCCAAGGACAGUCAAGUCGACGUUACCGCAGUGUGGUGGCUGCCCGUCGCUGCGAUGUCGCUUCUGCUGGUGCUCAACGCUAUUGGUAUCGGCGCUCUGCUCUACGUGGUCAUCAACGAGAGCUUCUCUCCAGAAGCGCUACCCAUAGCUGUCUCUAUCGGCUUCACAGCGCACACGUUCAUCGUGACAGCCGUAAUCAAGUCGUAUGUUGUCCUGCUAGACUGGUUAGGACUUUAUGGCUGUUACUGGUUCUUCGCCACUUGUUGCAUCCUCAGCAACGUUUACAUAUUUCUCUUCUUGCCAGAGACAAUGAACAGGCCCAUAGCAGACAUUAUUUCUGAACUUAGUGGGAAGACAAAGAAGAAGGAGAAAAAACUCCAGUGCUCUCCAUACGACCGAGUCCCAGUAGCAGAUACGAAAACUUAGUUUACAGUGAAGUGUACAAACGAACUCUGAACACUAUCAACUACUGGGUGACUCAGAUGUCAUUUGCCAAUUCUACAACAUCUGUGGACCCUUAGCAGAAUUGACGCAUUGUCUUUUUAUGAAGAAAAUCUGCUAUUAAUUCUUGUACGAAAAAUGUUAUUGUUCGUCUAGACUGCAUACAAUACUGAACUUUUGACCGAUUCAGGUUCCUUUGAACCUUCCUGAAUAUGUUGCCCACAAGAGUAACUCGCCAAAGUCUAUAAGCAGAUUUGCAUGCAACGUCAAAUAUCGACAUACCGUAUGGUGUAGAUAUCUACCGGACCCUGUCCAUCCCCGAAGUUUCAUAAAUAUUUAAAACUCCCUCAGAUUAUUAUUCGCUGCUAAGUAAAUCAGUAAGCAGCUAUAAACAGAGAAUUUUGAACCGUGUUGCCUGCUUAGAAAAGGACAUCUUAUUGUCGCCAUAAUCGAGUUUGCAUAUAGGAAGCUGUAAUCAAAUGAAUGUGUGUAAAUUGGAACAUAUAAAUCUAUACUCAUAUCCUGAGCUCUAAGUCCGACGCUCAUUGCGUUACCAAGAGAACUACCAGAACACACAUCGGCUGCCAUUCAUAAAUUCAAAUUGUUACAAGAUCUAUUUUUUUCGUAAACAGAAGCAAUGAAUUCUCGGCAGAGAAGGAGAAAAUCAGUGUUUCAGUUAGAAACUUUGGACGAUGGAGAAUCUCUUCGAGGUGCUAGUCACACAGUAGCAUGAAAGAAACGUGUAAGUUCCGAAAGAAUGGUGACAAUUUCAACCAGUUCAGCUUUUACUGAACUACCAGCGAAGGGCAGGUAUUCUGUUUAGAGUAACGAAAUAAUGAUGCAUUUCACAGUUGCAACUUCUCCUGCAUAAACACUACAAUGCGUACACG